AUGCCCGCCACCAACAACCCUGCUAGCCUGGCACUUACCGAGGACGAGGUCGACGAUCUCUUGUACCUCGCCCGUGCGAACGAGACCCAGGACCUGCCGCAGUACCUCCAAGAGCUGUCGCAGAGCCAUGCGGGCAGCUCCACGGCCGACAUUGUAGUCGCCGCCGUCGACGAGGCUUCCGGCAACAGCGCUCUCCACUAUGCCGCCGCGAACGGCCACACUGAGAUCCUCGACAUCAUCCGCAAUGCCCUCACCUCGGCAGUUCCCUCCCCCGAUGCCGUGAAGGAAUCGUACAAGUCGUUCGUGAACCUGAAGAACUCUGCGGGGAACACGGCGCUGCACUGGGCCGCCCUCAAUGGCCACCUCUCGGCCGUCAAGACGCUGGUUGCACUCGGCGCCGAUGCUACCAUCCUCAACGCUGCGGGCCAUGACGCCGUCUUCGAAGCGGAGCAGAACGGAAAGAAUGACGUGGUUGGGUGGCUGCUCGUUGAGGGCGGCGCGCUAGACACGGUCGUCGGUGCGUUGAAGGAUGAGGAGGUUGCCGAGUCCAGCAAGAACGGAGCAAGGGAUGAUGACGAGGGAGAGGAUGUGGAGAUGAAGAUCAGUAUGGGCGACACGUCAGAGUCAGGUGUGGAGAAGGGCGUCGAAAACCUGCAGGUGGAUGACGCAAAGGCCAAAGAGAAGGCGAGCGGGUGA